AUGGAAAAUUUUCAUAAAAACGUUAGACAUAUAACUGGAACAACAUAUAUUGGUCAAGCACUUAAACAAGCACUUAAAUUAUUAGAAGAACGUAGACGACAGGAUGAUGCAAUUAAGCAGGCAGAGGCUAUUAGAAAUUUACCUAAUUUACAAUUUUAUGCAUUAAGUAUUGGGCAACUUAGUAAUAUUGAACUACUUCAUCGACUUGUUGAUAAUCCCUCACAUGUAUUUAUUGGAAAUGAAGCCUCAGAAUUAUUAAGGUCGCAACUUUUGAGAAGAAUUAGGUGUAACCAAUAA